AUGGAUACUAUAGCGACCUUCCUCUCACUGCUCAGGCCUACCGAGUCCUUACUCCAAUUUGUGGCUCUGGGCAGUCUGGCCAUAGUCACGCUGUACGUAGCGGGGAACGAGGUUAUCCGUCACCGUAGCCGGAUUCCCGGCCUCAAGGGCCCCAAAGGUUGGCCCGUGGUCGGGAACCUUCUCGACAUACUGUCAAAUGCGCCGUUGAAGUACCAGGAGUGGGCCAAAGAGUACGGCAGCGUAUUUCAAGUCCAGCUUGGCAACACGACCGUGGUUGUCGUCGGCAGUGCCAAGGCGGCGAGGGCCCUGUGGAUAUCCCACGCACAAGCGUUGAGCUCCCGGCCGAUCACUUAUACUUUUCAUAAGCUAGCCGCCAGCACCGCCGGCCUGACCAUCGGCACGUCUCCAUACGAUGACUCUCUGAAGCGGAAAAAGAAGGCCGCGGGCGUGGCUCUCAACCGGCCCGCCAUCCAGACCUACGUCCCGUACCUCGACCUCGAGACAAAGGCCUUCAUCCAAGACCUGCUCACCUACGGCGAGGCCGGCUCCACCGCCAUCAACCCGCUCCCCAUGGUGCAGCGGCUAAGCCUGUCACUAGUAAUGACGAUCAACUGGGGCAUCCGCAUCCCCUCGAUCCACGACCCGCUCUUCCAAGAGAUCGUGCACGUCGAGGAGGAGCUGAACCGGACGCGGUCGACAGUCGGCAACAUCGCGGACCACAUCCCCUUCCUGCGGCUCAACCCCCUCAGCCGCAGCUCGCAGCAGGCGCGGGACCUGCGGCAGCGGCGGGACACGUACUUCGCGCAACUAAACGCGGACCUCGCCGCGAAAGUAGCCCGCGGCACCAACGAGCCGUGCAUCCAGGCCAGCGUGAUCACGUACAAGGAGGCGCAGCUGAACGAGGCGGAGCUGGCGUCCUUCAGCCUGUCCGUGCUGGCGGGCGGCUUCGAGACCGUGUCCAACACGGUGCAGUGGUCGAUCGCGCACCUCGCGCAGCACCCCGAGAUCCAGGAGAAGGCGUACGCGGAGAUCCGGCGAUUUCAGGAGUCCACCACCCCUACUAAGAAUGGCAGUGAACCGCUGUGCGACGCUGCCGAUGACCAGAAAUGCGCGUACGUGCACGCGCUAGUAAAGGAGGCGUUGCGGUAUUUCAGCGUCGUUCCGCUCGCGCUCCCGCGGGAGUCGAUUCGAGACGUGCAGCACGAGGGUCUCGUGAUCCCGGCUGGUAGCACGUUCUACAUGAACGCCUGGGCUUGUAAUCGAGAUCCCGAGCUAUGGUCUGACCCGGACACCUUCAUGCCAGAACGGUGGCUAGAGAAACCUGAUGCGCCUCUCUUCACGUUUGGGCUCGGAUACCGCAUCUGUUCGGCCUAUCUCCUCGCUCCCCGGGAACUGUACCUCAUUUUUAUGAGACUGUUGUCUAGCUUCCGCUUGGAAGCCCCUGAAGAGAUCAAGUGCGAUCCUACCAAUGAUAUUUUGAGCCCAACUGAUCUGAUUAUGACCCCGAAACCCUAUCGGGUGCUCUUCAUACCGAGAAAUGAAGCGAAGCUGAGGGAGUCCUUGGGGGCAUUCAAGUGA